AUGAGCAAAUAUCCUGAUAAAAGAUUGAUAAUUUGUACCAAGGAAUACACCUCCAAGACAUGUAAACAAUGUAGAUAUGUUAAGAACAAUUUAGGUGAAGACAAGAAAUUUAAAUGUAACAAAUGUGGGUUGAUCGUUGACAGAGAGGCAAAUAGAGCAAGAAACAUUUUGCUCAAGCUGUUGAGUCAG